AGAGAGUCGAAGCUCACUGGAGGGUCUCACUGACAAGAGGAAGAUACUAUCCGAGAAGGUUGUCGUCGCUGGGUUUAGUUUUGUUUUACUAAAAUGAACUAAUGAAACUCCUCCAGUACCAAGUUCUACCUUAAUUCUUCCUCGUAAACCACUUUAAGAUGAUGGCAGUAGAUGUAUGCAUGGUUCUACGGCAUGGAGGAUGUUGUUAGCUGGCAGUAUGGGGGUCUUGAAGGUGCGAGUAUUGGGAGUCUUACUCAUGUUAUCUCUUGGUUCGUCUGUUGUGUUAUGGUGGAUAACCCCUCCUGUACAUCAUUCACAAGGUAGCGACAUGCCCAGGAUACAGAUAUCUAAGCAUGCUAGUGACAACACUAUGUUAUGGAAAAAACUUGCCUCUCUACAGAAUCAAAAUGAUGAUCUCAAAAAUCAACUGAAAUUAGCCAAUCAGAGACUUCACGAUGUAAACCUUAAACUAGUCACUCUUAAAGAUAUUAAUCAAGAUCAAAGUGCUAAUAAAACAUCUGGUUGUCCAGAUACAUCAAGCCUUUCUCAGUGUGAGGUUAUCCAUAUCUGUGUGGUAUGUGCUGGUCAUGAUGCCACCAGACAAGCUGUAACCCUCGUCAAGUCCAUUAUAUUCUACCGUCAUAACCCUUUACAUUUUCAUUUUCUCACUGAUUCAGUCUCUGAAAUUAUUUUAUCAACAUUAUUUAAAACUUGGAAACUACCAGCAGUACAGAUGGCCUUCUACCCCAUCACCGAUCACAUGGAUAAGGUCAAGUGGUUACCUAAUAAACACUAUUCUGGAGUCUAUGGUUUGAUGAAAUUAGUGCUCACAGAGGCCCUCCCAGAAGCUCUUGAUAAGGUCAUUGUACUGGAUACUGAUAUCAUACUUGCAUCAGACAUAGCUGAGCUGUGGAGGCUGCUUGACAACUUGACUGGCAAGAAAGCAAUAGGUCUGGUAGAGAAUCAAAGUGAUUGGUAUCUUGGUAAACUAUGGAAGAACCACAAACCCUGGCCUGCUUUGGGCCGUGGUUUUAAUACUGGAGUGAUGAUACUAGACUUGUAUAGAUUAAGACAAAUGAACUGGAAACAUGUAUGGAGACUUACAGCUGAAAAAGAACUGAUGAACAUGUUGUCUACGACACUGGCUGAUCAAGAUGUUUUUAAUGCUGUAAUCAAGAAUCAACCUCACAUCAUAUUCACACUACCCUGCGUGUGGAAUGUCCAGUUAGGGGACAACACUAGAAGUGAGGAGAUGGCUUUUUCACUGUGAAGAUUUUCAACCAGUAGACCAAUCCAACAGUACUCUAACAUCAAGUGAGAUAGCUGUCGUUACCAAGAUACCUAAUGGCAUAGACAGUGAAGRCCCUUGCUAUGAAUUUAAACAACAACACUUCAUCAUCCACAGAACACAUCUUUACUAUCUAAACUAUGACUUUACUACAGCAGUUGGUGAUCAUGAUGUAACACUUGUAGCACAGCUGUCCAUGGACAGACUACAGAUGAUUGAAGCAUUGUGUCAAAACUGGGCAGGUCCAAUAAGUUUAGCUCUCUACAUGUCUGAUAGUGAAGCACAACAGUUUCUAAACUAUGCCCUCAACUCACCUGUUCUCAAGUCAAGAACCAAUGUUGGUUAUCAUAUUGUCUUCAAAGAAGGUCAAUUCUACCCAGUCAACUACCUGCGAAAUGUUGCCCUUGACAACACAAGAACACCGUUUGUGUUUCUCUCGGACAUUGAUUUUCUACCCAUGCCUGAACUAGACGCAUAUAUUAGACAAAUGCUCAAGGCAUCAUAUGCUGGUAAGAAGGCAUAUGUUGUUCCAGCAUUCGAAACUCUUCGUUAUAAACUCAGUUUUCCUCGAACAAAGUCAGACUUGUUGUCUCAGUGGGACCUUGGGACCGUGUUCACAUUCAGGUCUAAUGAAUGGAGUAAAGGACAUGCUCCAACCAACUAUGCCAAGUGGAGAACAGCUACCACACCAUACCCUGUGCAGUGGGAAGAAGAUUAUGAGCCAUACAUUGUUGUACCCAAGAAUAUAGUACGUUAUGACACUAGGUUUGUUGGGUUUGGAUGGAAUAAAGUAUCUCAAAUCAUGGAAGUCCAUGCACAAGGGUAUGAGUUCAUGGUUCUUCCUAAUGCCUUUAUCAUUCAUCUUCCUCAUUCCUUGUCGUUUGAUAUUUUUAAAUUUCGCUCUAGUCAUCAAUACAGAAGGUGUAUAAAAGAGUUAAAAGAAGACUUCAAGAAAUAUCUUCUUGAUAAAUACGGACAAGAUAAAUUCCCAGAAUUGGAGCUGGAUAGUUAACAGAAGGUUACCAUAGUAACUUGGAUAGAUUGUGCGCUGCCCCAUAAAGGGUCGCGUUGGUUUUAUGUUUUGUUAUUUAUAGAAAGGGAUAUUCUGUCAAUCUAAUUUACUCGGGAUUCCAUUUCAAUCCUUGGUUAUGAUCUAUGAACACUAUUUAUAUCAGGGAUUAUAUAUAUAUUAACAAAACAUGUUUUUAAAUGAGCGAAACCAUCUAGCCAUCCCUGCCCUUCACCUGAACCCAUCACUGAUGAUACUUCACUGACAUGUGAAUGAAUGAGGUAUAGACCCAUGUUGCAGACAUACAUACAUAUAUUGUACUGUAAUGGAAUUCUACAUGAUGCAUUGCCUAAUGACUUGGACACAACAAUUAUUUUAUAGGAGAUUAAUAUAUAUCAAUAUAUAUUUGUAGAUAAUCUAUAUUUUUAUGUAUAAUUUAAUAAACAGUUUUGUUUCUUAUA